AUGUGGCGCGACCUCUUCUCAGCCGCAAAGGCAAAGUACCACGAGCAGCAAAAACAGUUGCCAGGGCCCCAGAGCGAACGCGCCGGUACCCCGGGAGCCGGCUGGGGCGAAACUGCGCCCAGCCUGUCGAAGCCCACGGAGGACGCUCCAGGGGCGGCCUCUGCCCCAGACGCGGCCUCUGUCCCCUUUGCCAUCGACUCUGCGCCGUCGUCUCUGCCGUGCUUCGGCCCCCAAUCGUCUCCCGGCUCUUCGCCGUCCUCGUUGGCGCUGCCGCCUCCGGCGUCUGUCGCGGGCUUCUCGCCGCUCGGCGGGGCCUCUCAGGCCGUCCCGCCCCGUGCGCCCGCUGGCGAAGGCCUCGCGCCCGCUGGCGAAGGCCUCGCGCCCGCUGGCGAAGGCCUCGCGCCCACGAAGCCGUCCAGCCUGGCCUCGAAGCCUCGCAAGCCGCGGAGCGCCGCCUCUGGCGCCUCUGCUGCUGCUGUCGAGGGGGGCGCGUCGCAGGCGCCGAAGCCGAAGAAGCCGCGCACAGUGAAGAACAAGGCGCAGCAGGGUGCGCCGGCGUCUCAGGACGAAGGGACUGGUGCGACGGGGGACAAGAGCGCGGCCGAAAAAAGUGCGCCUGUGAAGAGGAGGGUCAACCGCAGUAAGGGCGCAGGCGCUGCAUCUGCAAAGAAGGAAAAGGCCCCAGGAGGGCUCCCUACCCCGGGAGGGGGGGCGGGGCCCGAGGGGCUUCAGGCGACGCCCCCGCCUCCGCAGCAAGUGGCCUCGCAGUCGGUCUCCCUGCCUUAUUCUCCAUCGCCUUCUUCGCCUUCGUUUGUCUCGGCGCCUGAGCCGCCUGCCUCUGUGCCCAGCGGCGGAGCAGAGGAUCCUCCGCUCCCUCCGAAGUCGCCGGCCGCGGCCUCCGCCCCGAGUGUACCCACGUCGCCUCUUCGUCCCUCGGCGCCUGCCGCCUCCUCUGCCGCCUCCUCUGUCUCCUCUUCUGGCUCCGCCCCCGCGGCUGGGCUCUCGUCCUCAGGCCGCGGCGCUGCUUCGGAGAAACCCAGUCGCGGGCGGUCAGCGGCGGCUGCGACGGCCUGCGAAGCUCCAGCCGCAGGCCGCAAAGAAGGCGCCGGCGCUCAGCGGGUGUCGGCGAUGACGACGAAGGGCGCGGCGUCUCCCGCGCGGCCAUCGGGCUUGGGCGACACGCUGGGGAAAUUCGCCGCAAUCCUCGCGACUUCGCAGCGCGCUCGGGAGAAGAAGAAGCUCCUGACUGAGGGCGACGCGAAAGUCGCACAAGACGCGAACGCGGGAGACGCGCUUUCUGCGGCUGAUCGCCGAGGGGAGGUCCCGCAAGCGGAGAUCGACGCGGCAGCGGGCGACGACAGCUCGACUUUCACGCACAGUGGAGACGCUGGGACUUCAGACAGACGGGGGGCGGGUUCGCUUCCCGCUCUUGCACGAGUGCCGUCUGCUGCGCCGGCAGGUUCUGGCCCGUUCGGCCAUGCAGAGGUGUCCCUCGGCGCAUGCAGCGAGCCGUUCGGCAGCAACGAGGCCGCGAGGAGACACGAAGGGGGGGCGAGUCUGCGGAGCGAGUCUGCAUGGGGCGCUGCGCCGGGGGCGGAAGACGGGGACGGGCGGUGGCACGAUCCCGCCAGUCCCUUGCGGCUUCGCGGGCAGGAGAGACAGGACGCCACCGCUUCGCCGCAACACGCCAAGCACCACGAGUCUCGUCUUCCCUUAGCGGUCGACUCGCUCGCCGCGCAUGUGCCGAUUGCCUUCUCCUCUCCGUCGUCGACAGCCUCGCCGCGCGCCGGUGCCGAGGCGGGGGGGGACGACGCGCAGGCGCGCGAGGCCUUUGGAGCUGCGACAGCCGCGUGGCCUCCAGGGUUCCCCUCGAGCGCGUUCAGCGAGAAUCGCUGCGUCGGAGGCUUGCAGUCGCGAGCGGGCGAAGAGAUGCAGACGUCGCGAGACGCGUAUGGCACGCCCGCUGCGUCGCCUCCGCGGCCGGCUGCUGUGCCGCCGUUCGGCGCGGCGCCGGGGGGGGCCGUUUCUGCGAGCCCCGUGGAGGUCGUGGACAUCGACGACGAGGAGUCGCUGGGAUCCGAGGACGACGAGGCCGACGGCCUCGCGGGCGACGGCGGCGAGGACGGCGACAGUGAGGGAGAAGAGGAAGAUGGAGGCAAGCGCUAUGUGCCGUUCCGCUUCAUCCGCGGACUCUGGGUCGACGUUGAAAGCGAAGGCCUAGAGGGUCCGGAGGAGGAGGACGACGAAGAGAGCGACGACGACGCCCUACUCAAGGCGGGGGGCGAGGACGAGGAGACGCGUGGAACGGCGGCGAAGGCUGACGGCGCGGUUGGCAAGCCGCAGACGACUCAGGCCACAAAGCGAAAGCGAGAAAGGCCCGCGCCUCCCCCGGAGCUCCGCGCGAAGUCGUCCGCGGCGUUGCCAUCCGCUCCGAUUCCGUUUUCUUUCCCGUUUUUCCUGGAUUUCCGCGCGUCGGUGGAGGCCGUCUACGGCGGCGAGUCCGCAGUGCGAGAUCCGCGGACGCUCGAGGCCGCCAUUUUCCAAGCUGCGCCGCAGCCCCUCACUGCAGCCUCCGCGUCCUCCGCCCUUGCCACGUCGCUCUCUCCGAGUGGCUCGUUUGAAGAAUCCGCGCUUCCCGAGUUCGGGCUGAGCGGCCGCAACGCCUUCGCUGGAGACCUCGGCGGCGGCAACCUGCAGUAUCGGCCGAGUCAACUGGAGCUGUGCGUGGCGAGCAUCGAGCAGCGGCUGGCGCGACAGCGGCUGGUGGCGAAUCCGCGCGACAUCCUGCGCGGCGGCGGCGGGGCUGGCGGCGUCUACUACGACAAAGACGACGCGUUUCUCGACGACAGCGAAAUGUUUCGGGAGUUUGGCAUGGAUCCUGCAGCGGACUUCGAAGACCAGCAGACUGAGUCCGGCGCGGCCACCGAGAGCGUAGUCGACGAGGACGAUCUCUACGAGGGCGUCGACGAGUUCAUCUGCGACAACGACCCCACCAUGGAGGACUCCGAGCCGGAGGAGGUCGAGUGCGGCCAGAAGAAGAACCGGAAGGUGAUGCAGGACGAAGAGCGCUUCAAUCCCUUCGCGUGGCGGCGGUAUCGAAACUCAUUGAAACAAAACAUGAACGACGACGCGUUCAACGUCCUCCUCGAUAUGGAAGAAGAGCUCAAGGCGCUCCACGAGGCCUACGGCGAAGACGCGGCGCCGCAAGCAAUCGAGAAAAUCAUGGUCAAGCACCUGCGAAAGGCCUACAACGAGCAGCAAGGCACGCGAAACGGCCCCGGGAGCCUCGUAGAGCUGAACUGGCCGCUGGUCAACAAGUUGGGAGGCGCUCUCCACGCCAUCGCUCGCGGCUUCGGCGUCUUCCUCGUCCACAAAACCUGGGUGAGGCGCACACUAGUGCACAACAGCACAGUCUACGAGUAUCUCCUCCUUCAGCUCUUCGAGAUGAUCAAGAAGUCGCCGCUCUUCAAAAAAGACGACCCCGCGGUCAUCAACAAAGUCCAGGAGGCUUUCGAAGCGUGGCAGCGCGUCAGCGACGACUCCAAGAACGGCAACGCGUUCCUUGCCGUCCCGUUCGCGCCGCUGCUGUUUGGCGGGGACCGGACUCAGCACCUGAAGGAGGUCGAGCUCACCAAGUCGCCGCUUCUCCGCGUCGGCGCCAUCAUCAUUGACAUGGCGGUCAUUUUCCACCUGCGUCGCAAUGGCCUUCGUGAGUACGUAGAACUCGGCCUGGGAGCAGAGAGCGAUCUUCAGCCCGACAAGGAACAGCAUUUCCCCCAGUUUCUUAGAGGACUGUUGAAGCAGGCUGUUGUGCGCCGCUUCGGGUCUGGCGUUCGCCUCACAGUCAGCGCCGCGUACCUGAAGGCCCUCGUCGCGCACCUCAAGGCUCGCUACAAUGUAAAUCUCUACGAGAGGCGUGCGCGCCGGUUUCGCGAGCUCCAGUUUCAGACGGUGGUCUGUCGAGCUGCUGUCGAGUCGCCAGGCCCCGCUCCGUCGGGCGCAGCGCCGCCCGGGGGCGGAGCUGGGGGCGGGGUUUCCGCAGGGAAAGGCGGUCGGCAGCUGUAG